AUGAAUAUAAGUAGGGAGUCUCAGCCUUCAUACGACCAGCUUAACAGGAGUUUGAAGAAGAUCAAUUCCGAAAUGGAUGUUACUCCUGACUAUAAGUUCAAAAUCAUCCUUGUUGGAGAUGGAACAGUUGGCAAAACUAGUAUAAUCAAGAGGUACAUUGAUCCAGAUCCAAGCAUCACGCUUGACACUGUCAAGACAGUUGGGUUCGAGUUCUGAAAGAUCAAUCUCAAACUUUUCGAUGAAAUCCCCAUUCAGGUUCAUCUGUGGGACACGGCUGGACAAGAGGUUUACAACAAUAUGCUCCCUGUUUACUUUAAGAAAGCAGCUGGCUGACUCUGUAUAUAUGAUAUAACCAACAAAGAAUCGUUCGAAGCCUUGGAUCUAUGGCUCCAAAAGCUCAAGGAGCAUGGAGACGACCAAAUCAUUACGAUGGUUCUAGGCAAUAAACAGGAUAUAUAGAAGAGGAAAGAGCCGUUUCUGAGUCCGAGGGAGCAGCCUUCGCAAGAGAUAAUAAUGCUGCUUUCUUUGAAGUUAGUGCCCAAACAGGGCACAAUGUAGGAGAUGCUAUCGAGACUCUUAUUAAUGAGAUUGCAUCUAUAAUUCCCAAACCUUCAGAGAGUUAUAAGAGCUCUACUAAGCCCUCAAUCCCCGGGGAGGAUAAAAUGUGUUGCAAUUGAUGAAUAUUCUAAUUAUUAAGUAAUGCAGUCUAAAAGUGUUCCGUAAUAACUAAUAUUGCAAUUUAUAGCCAAAAAGUACGCGUU